UCAUGAAAUUAGAAAGAGUAAUCACAUACAUCUUUUUUGCUUUGAUUGCAUAUGAUAUUUUUAGAGCUCAACCUAAGCCUUAAUAGCAAACUUAAUAAUAAUAAUAAGAAUCCUAAUCUGAAUAAGCAUAAACACAUGAAGACUAGGAUUUGUAAAAAGAGAGAACAUUUUAAGAAGAUAUUGAUUUAGAGAAUGCUGAAUAUAUUGAAUCAACAUUACCUAUUAAUAUUGAAAUACUUUAUUGUAAUCGUACAGGAUUACAUACACAAUAUUUAGAAUUAGAAAGAAAUAUCUAUCUCACAUUUCCAAAAAAUAAAAAUUUAAUUGUAAAUUCAGGAGAAUAUCCAGUACCAGAAAUAAAUUCAUAAUUAUCAAAGGUUAUUAAAUAACAUUAAUAUUUAUAGUUUGUUAAUUAUGGUCAAUAUGCUUUGAUGGCAGCUAUGUUUUUCCAUAAAUAAUUAUUUGCUAUGCUAUCCAUACCUGUACCUGCAAUUGUUGAAAAAAUAGUGGAAAAGAAAAUGUUUGUAUUGAUAGGAGCUAUUUUCUUGGUUCAAUAAUUACAAAAUUCAUUGUUAACAACAGGUAAAAUGAUGGUGUAUGUCGAUUCAAAAUUAAUUUUGGAUUAAGCAGCCCCAAUAUAAGUAGAUAAAGUGUUUUAAUUAAUAAAAACUGAGUUAUUAUAAUUAUAAUGAAACC